GCAGCGGGCUGGCAGGACGGCUGGAAGCCGUGGAGCGCCUGGCCCAAGUCCAAGGGUGGCCGCAAGCGGCAGCCGCAGUCGCAACCCUCGUUCAAGCCGCCCGACGCCGAGCCGAAUGACACUGACUCCCUCCUGGCCAUGCUGGGCAAAUCUCUCUCGGAGGAGGGCCGCGCCGAGCUGGCGCUCUUCAAGGACAAGAUCGCGCCGCCCAAGCCAGCCCAGCAAGAGUCACUCGGCGCGAAGUACCAGCGGCUCCUGGCAGCUGAACGUAAGGCAGCGGCAGCACUUACGAAGGCGGCUACCUCGGAGGGCAAGGCCAAGGACUGGGUCAUCGAAUGCGAGGCCCACACCCAGCACUGCGCGGAGGCCCUUGGUGACGCCCAGGCCGCGGUGCAGGAGGCCCUCGACGCGAUCAACGAGGCGCGCGGCACGCGGGCGCCCUCGGCAUUCGCGUCGACGGCAGGUGGCCUCAACCUCAGCAAGCUCCUCCUCAGCGGGGAGGACCUCGCCUUCGACGAGGGCGAGGCCUUCGACACCUCCGACCUCGAGCUCGACGCCGAGGACUCCAAGAAGUGGGCCGACCUCAAGCAGCAGUUCCUCGACGAGCUCAAGACGAAGGUCAAGGAGGUCUUCGGCUCAGGCGCCACGGCCAUCCAGCAGCGCAAGCAGGAGCUGGAAGCCUUGCGCAGCAGGCUCCGCGCCAAGCGGCCUCGCACCGAGGCCGACGGCACUGGGGCUCAGGCCGCCGAGGCGGGCACGGGCAGCGCCGCGGCGCCACCGGCUGCAGCAGCUGGCGGCGUGCAGCCGAGCGAUCGGAUGCAGCCACCAAGCUUGCUGGGGCCGCGCGGGCUCGCGCCCAUGAGGAGCGAACCAAAGAUAAGGAGGACCUUUAGCCAGCCCAGCUUUCGCGCGAUCUACGUGCGUAACAUUACCGACUGGGGGCCAAAGUGCAAGAAGAUCGUGAAGUCGCCGCCGUUCCAGGCGGACAUCCUCGGUCUGUUGGAGACUCAUGAGAGCGAGCGCACCAGUGACUUAGUGCUUGCAGAGUUUGACGCAUCAGCUUGGAAGGCAGUUAUCUCACCGUCGCGAGCCGACGGUACAGUGCAGAAGGCAGGUGGAGUGGUUCUGGGAGCUCGACGCCACCUGCAGUGUUCAUCACUGGGCCACCUGGCCCGUUACCGCAAUCAGACAAAGGGACAGCUGCGCCACAGGAAGCCAGAGCCGCACUUCAUAGCAGGGCCCAUAGACUUCUGGGACUUCCAGGCGCUCACCAUCCAGAUGCAUCAUGGCCAGCUCACGGUGCUCAUCGUGUACCUCACCACCUCCAUCGGGGUGGCUGGCCAGAACCUCAUCAAGUUACAGAACCUGGGGGCCGUUAUCAAGAGCCUCGCGGGGGACUGGAUCGCUAUUGGCGACUGGAACCUGGUGCCUACGGAGCUGGAGGAGUCAGGAUGGGUCAACUACGUCGACGGCCGCAUCUGUAAGCCCUCCAAUGUCUCCUUCACUCAGUUCACAGGUGGUCGCAUGUUGGACUACGCUGUCAUCGGAGGGCCAGGUCAUCACGUGCCCGCCAAACUCUUUGCGGACACCAUGGGAGACCACAAGAGCCACAUGGGCCUUGUGGCGCAGUAUACCUCGCAGUCGGCGCCAGCAUGGGCUCUGAUCCUGCCGACUCCCUUCUCCUUCACGCACCCUCCAGCGGAGCAGAAGGCUGCGGACCCGAACAGCAAGCGCUCUCGGGCCAAGCGCGAGGCUGAGCAGCGCAGGCUCGAGCGUAUGCAGGACAACCCCCUGGAGGCCCUCAACCCAGAGGUCACCGAGGCGGCUUCUCAGCAGCAGCCUGUGGAUGGCCCACUCCUGCCCGCGCACAUGUGCGGCCCGCUUCCGAGCGGAGGCUGCGCGGCGCCAGCCGACCUGCCUGCGCGGGCCCCCGAUGGCCCUGCGAUCUGGCGGUCGGCCGAGGCAGGGGCAGCCUCCAGUGCUGCGGUGGCGCAUGACAUGGACCACGAUGAGCAGCCGUCGCACGACCGGUUGCUGGGUUUCCCGACGACGCCGCCGUGCCCGACGGUGGUCAGGCUCACGGCGGCAGAGAAGGAUGAGCUGUGGGCACAGGUCUGCCAUCGCCAGGUCCAGUACGACGAGCCGCCCGACUACAUUCGGGACUCCCAGGCGUACCAGUCCUCGUCCGAGGCCGCCGACGACUUGGGCAUGCAGUACGCCAGAUGGAUCACGCACGUGGAAUACUUCUAUACUGACACCAUGAAGGCCAUGGCCAGGAUGGACGACGCGCUCUCCGAGGCUGGCGAGAAUGCGGCGGACAUCAUCUACACGCAUGCCCAUGCUAUGCCCGACGACAACCUUGUGCCUAUCGACAAUGCCACCAAGCUUAAGUGGCAGCAUGGUCUAUCAGCUGUGCGUGAUUGGACCACUGGCCAGGCUGCCACCAUGGCCUACGCACUGGGGAUCCUGGCCGACAGAUUUCAGCGAGCUGAAGUCCGACAAGGACUACAGGCGUUUCAGGAGUGGGUCGUCCAGUGCACGGCCAAGAGACCCAGCAAGGUCCUCAAGUGGAGCACCGACUCAGCGGGGCCGAUCAUGGAGUACGGGGUCGGGCCUGCUGCCUCCACCGACUUGUAUAGCAUCAUGGAUGGCAAACGAGGCGCAUGGGCGCAGCGCUGGAGCGGCACGGUGAAGCUCUCCGAUCUCCAGGCGUUCCGUCGCAAGUGCAAACGCCUUGCGGAACAUGAGGACGCAUGGCAGCCCAUAGACCCCCACCUCAUCCACGAGAAGGCCACCGUCCUGCCCAACGCCACGGGCCGUGGCAGCGACAACCUCGGGCCUCUGGACAUUCGCAACUUGCCGUUUCAGGCGAAGCAGGACUUGGCCGACUUCUUCAACCAAUGCGAGAGGCAGAUGGCGUGGCCGUGGCAGCUCAUGAGUGUACUGGUGGGCAUGCUUCCGAAGCCAGACGGCUCGGAGAGGGGCGUUGCAUUGAUUCCAUGGCUCAUGCGCUUCUGGGCGCAGAUGCGUAAGGUCAUUGGGGCCGACUGGUGCGCUGCCAAGGCCGGGCACUGGGACCAGGCCAUCAAGGGCAGCAGUGCCCUCCAGUGCGGCAUCUUCCGCCUGUUUUGCGACGAAGUCGAUGACGAGCUGGACAUACACUAUGCUAACGUGAUGUGGGACUUCGCAGAAUUCUACGACAGCGUCAACCCCAUCAUGGCAUUCGAGGCGGCGCUCAAGCUGGAAUUCUCGCCCAGGAAGCUCGGCAUGGCGGCGGUCCUGUACAU